AACAACUUAACCUGUUCUUAGUAAUCAAACGUAUUUAAAACGAAUAUUAAACAUCAGAAUUUGCAUAUUUGUCCACCAAUUUCAACCAUGUCAGAGGAACAGCCGACGAACUCGAUGCUCAAGUCCAUCUUAAUUUUAAAAGACGAGGAAUUGGAUGGGGCCGGAGGUGACGGUGCCGAAGAGGAGGGGUCGAGGCCCAAGAAGAACGUGACCUUCAACAGGGUGGUGGAGCACUUCUGCUACUCGGAUAACUUGACCAGCUGGAAGAGACACCUGAUGUCCGACAACGACUUGCGCCGAAGCAUGCCGCCAGAGUCGAAAACUUACUUCGCGAAGCACUAAGUCCAAUUUAUGACUCCAGCCCACCAUGACGACCAUAUUGCAAAAGGCACAGCGAGCAAACACAAGCUACAAGCGGAAGUUGUUAACUGAACGUGACACUUUUAACCUAAUUGCGGAAUAAAUGGCUGCCCAUGUCCUGCCGGGCAGAGGGAUGUGGGCCUGUCAGUUGUUUUUAAUGCAUUUCCCAUGUCCUCCGGCUGGCUAGAAAGCGGACCAAAUGGCCAAUGAGUUAUUCAUGAUUUGUACUUAUUUAUAUUUAGUGUGUUCGUAUUAAAAGCAUCAGCCACUCGGCAGUUGGCUACGACUGA